UAAAAGUUGGCAACGCGAAUUUGCGGCUUCGAGUUCUGUUUUCCUUUUGUUUUAUAGUUUUGCAAAAUUUUGUAUGAAAUAUUCAAAAUAAGCUUAGAAUUUAGCAUAUAGCCGAAAGCAAAGCCAACUAAGUAAAUCAAUUGUAGCUCAGAAUGGCAGGUAACUUUUGGCAGAGCUCACACUCACAACAGUGGAUACUGGACAAACAGGAUUUGCUGCGGGAGCGCCAAAAUGAUUUGUUAGCGCUCAGCGAGGAUGAAUAUCAAAAGAUAUUUAUAUUCUUUGCAAAUGUUAUACAAGUGCUGGGCGAACAGCUGAAACUGCGACAGCAAGUUAUUGCCACGGCAACAGUGUAUUUCAAGCGUUUCUAUGCACGCAACUCGUUGAAGAACAUUGAUCCGCUGCUGUUGGCGCCCACCUGCAUCCUGCUGGCCUCCAAGGUGGAGGAAUUCGGCGUCAUUUCCAACUCACGUCUCAUAUCCAUUUGCCAGUCGGCCAUCAAGACCAAGUUCAGCUAUGCGUACACACAGGAGUUUCCCUAUCGCACCAAUCACAUUCUGGAAUGUGAGUUCUAUUUACUGGAGAAUCUCGACUGUUGCCUGAUUGUGUUCCAGCCUUAUCGGCCAUUGCUGCAAUUGGUCCAGGACAUGGGCCAGGAGGAUCAGCUGCUGUCGCUCAGCUGGCGUAUAGUUAACGACUCGCUGCGCACCGAUGUCUGUCUGCUAUAUCCGCCAUAUCAAAUUGCCAUUGCCUGCCUGCAAAUCGCCUGCGUCAUUAUGCAAAAGGAUGCAACAAAACAAUGGUUCGCGGAGCUGAAUGUGGACCUGGACAAGGUGCAGGAAAUUGUGCGUGCUAUUGUCAAUCUGUAUGAGCUGUGGAAGGAUUGGAAAGAAAAAGACGAAAUCCAAAUGCUGUUAGCCAAGAUACCAAAACCCAAACCACCGCCACAGCGAUAAGCUGACUGAAGACCACAGACUCAGAAUCAUUAAAAACGCAUUCUAUUUUUAUUGUAUACCUCCUUAAGACUACAUAUAUAUAUUGCUUAGUUUAUUUAUUAAAGGUACUUGGCUUGUCCACUUGA